AUGUCGAUCGGUGAGGGUGGACGCCGGACGCGGGCGCGAAAUCUGUUGCGAAGAUGCUUUGGAAAGAUGAAUCUACCGGUGGUGCUGGUGUCGGUGAUCUAUGGGUACGUGUACGAGAUCACGAAGGCGUACGGGUUCUCGCGCGCGAGCGCGAGCGGGACGAGCGAGCUGAUAUUCACGCUCACGUCCUUGAUCGGGUUCGUGAUGUACGCGUGCACGGUCAUGAGGGAUCCGGGACGAGUGCCCGGGGAUUACUCCCCGGCGGUGGAAGAGGGUGAGGCGCUCGUGGAGGCGAAGCGGAAAGGCGGAGGAGCGCGAUUUUGUCAAAAGUGCGAGCGGCACAAGCCGCCCCGCACGCACCACUGUCGCGUGUGCAACAGGUGCGUGCUGCGCAUGGAUCAUCACUGCGUCUGGGUCAACAACUGUGUGGGGCACUACAACUAUAAGAGUUUCUUCUUGUUCUUGUUUUACGCCACGGUUUCGCUUGUGCAAGCGAUGUAUCAGCUUGGAAUGUACGCGCAGGAAGAGAUUUUCGAUAGCAAGCUCGGUGUGCAUCGCCCCGACAACCAAACGACCAUCAUCGUUGUGAGCUGCUUCGUCAUCACGACCGCGCUCACCAUCGCGCUCACCGCGCUCUUCUUGUGGCAUGUUCGACUCGUCGUGAACAACAAGACCACAAUCGAGCACUAUGAGGGCGUGCGGUCGAGGUACAAUAACAUCCCUUCCGUGGUCGAGCAUCCCUACUCGCUAGGACUAUUGGCGAACCUGCGCGAGAUAUUGGGCCGAAAUAUCGUGCUUUGGCUCCUGCCCGGAUGUAAGAUCUCGGGAGACGGAACGCGUUUCGCGAACAUUUUAGAAAUGUCAAAGCAACGCUGGGAUCGCACUGUUCGUACGAAGGAGGGCGAGCUCAGCGUGAUUUAA